GAGUCAACGGAGACAGUAUGAGCCAGUGGUGCUGUUGACAAUGCAGUCAUAUGGUGUAAAUAUACCUGUGCAUAUUAUACGUUUCAGUGCCAGGGGUGAAACAAAAGCCUACAAUUGCUUAAAAAUAGUAAUAGUAAAAUGUAAUACAACUAGUUUCGUUAUGACCUAACCGAAAGUGAAAGGCGUAGAAGUAGGCUACAAGUGAGCAAAGAGCAUUUGUUAGUCAUUCACUCGCGACAUACACGUCUUCCAGGUUUUGACAAUUAAAGGAAGCAGAGUAGUAAAAAAAAUAUUCGACACUUUUAUUACUUUUGAAACUCAAAGGUAAUAUUUUACUUUUAAACCAUGUCUGAGAAAAAUGAAAUCGACGAGGGCUUAUACUCUCGCCAACUGUAUGUACUGGGCCAUGAUGCGAUGCGUCGUAUGGGGACAGCCUCCGUUCUGAUUGCUGGAAUGCGCGGUGUCGGGGUCGAGAUAGCCAAGAAUGUAAUCUUGUCCGGAGUGAAGUCGGUUACUGUCCAGGAUGAAGGUCUGGCCGAGUGGAAAGACCUGUCCACUCAGUUUUUCCUUUGCGAGAGACACCUGGGUCAGAAUCGUGCUUUGAGCUCCCUACCUGAGCUAUCUGCCCUGAACCCUCAUGUUCACGUGACUGCCCACACUGCCCCACUGGACCAAAACCUGCUGCUCAAGUUCCAGGUGGUGGUGCUAACUGACUCCUCAUUGGAGGAGCAGCGGCGUUUCUCCAUGCACUGCCAUUCUAAUGGAAUCAAGUUCAUCGUGGCGGACACCAAAGGGCUUUCUGGUCAGUUAUUCUGUGACUUUGGGGAGGAGUUUGAGGUCUUGGACAUCAACGGGGAGACUCCGGCAUCAGCUAUGAUCGACCAUAUCUCUAAGGGAAAUCCCGGAAUAGUGACUUGCUCCGUUGACCAGUGUCAUGGCUUUGAAGACGACUGCAGUGUGUCCUUCUCCGAGAUCCGUGGCAUGACAGAACUCAACAGCUACGGGGCGGUGGACAUCACAGUCCUCAGCCCGUACUCCUUCAGUAUCGGUGACACCUCAGGCCUUUCUGAGUACGAGAAGGGUGGCGUCGCCACUGAGGUCAAAAAGCCCCAGACGCUGCGAUUUAAAUCUAUGGAUGAAGCCUUGUUGGACCCUAAGUUGCUGGUGAUGACAGAUUAUGGGAAGGUUGAUAGGCAUCAGACUCUACACCUGGCCUUUCAAGCCCUGCAUGACUUUGUUAAGACACAGGGAAGACUGCCUAAGCCCAGGUCCCAGUCGGAUGCCGAGCGCUUGCUGGCCGGGGUGCUCGAGCUGAACAAGGUGGCUCAGCUGGAGCACCUGGACGAGGCCGUGGUCCGAGGUCUGUCCUUCACAGCCAGCGGCGACCUGGCCCCGGUCGACGCCUUCAUAGGAGGCGUGGCCGCGCAGGAGGUCCUGAAGGCUUGCAGUGGGAAGUUCACCCCUCUUCAGCAGUGGCUGUACUUCGAUGCCCUGGAGUGCCUCGCCGACGACCACCAGUUGACCGAAAGCUCCUGUUCACCUAGAGGCAGCAGAUACGAUGGCCAGAUCGCUGUAUUCGGAUCAGCUUUCCAGGAGAGGCUGGAGAAACAGAAGUAUUUCCUGGUUGGAGCUGGCGCCAUUGGGUGUGAACUUCUCAAGAACUUUGCUCUGAUAGGCCUUGGUGCUGGAGAGGGAGGACACAUCACCGUGACUGACAUGGACUCCAUCGAAAGGUCCAACCUGAACCGACAGUUCCUGUUCAGGCCUCGAGACAUCGGGAGACAGAAAUCGGAGGCGGCUGCCGAGGCGGUCAGAGAGAUGAACCCCCGCAUGAACAUCGAGGCCCAUCAGAACCGCGUGGACCCGGACAGCGAGCGGGUCUACGGACGCCACUUCUUCACAGGCCUGGACGGCGUGGCGGCCGCUCUGGACAACGUGGAAGCCCGAGUGUAUCUGGACGGGCGCUGUGUGCAGCACCAGAGGCCCAUGCUGGAGGGGGGAACCCUGGGGAGUAAGGGCCACACUCUGGUGGUGGUGCCCCACCUCACCCAGUCCUACGGCCCGGCCGGGUCGAACAACGUGAAGGCCAUCCCUCUCUGCACCCUCAAGAACUUCCCUCACCGCAUAGAGCACACGCUGCAGUGGGCUCGAGACCAGUUUGAAGGGCUCUUCAAGCAACCGGCUGAAAACGUGAACCAGUACCUGAAAGAUGCCGGCUUCCUGGAGAGGACCCUGGGCCUGGGGGAUGUGGAGGCCCUGGAGGUGCUGGAGGGCGUGUGGGCCAGCGUGGGGCCCCGGCGUCCGGCCUGCUGGGAGGACUGUGUGAGCUGGGCCCGACUCCGCUGGGAGACCCUCUACAACGACGACAUCCGCCAGCUGCUGCACUGCUUCCCGCGAGGACAGGUAAGGACGCGGCGCCUACAACGCGGUCGACACACGGGGGCGCUGCCGAUGUAGCUCCCGAUGCUGUGCCUUCUGGAAGAGAUCUGUUGGGUCUGAUC